CUUUGAGAAUCGUUAGGUUUGCCAAACUAACGCCCCGAGGGGCCCCUUAGAGGGAAGCACAACUAAGAAGCCUUCUUCUUCUUCUUCGCUCUUUUUCUCUCUCUUUUCGUUUCUAAUGGUGACCUCAUCUUCUUCCUCGAAAACCAGAUCCAGCGGCCCGGUGCUACGCUCACUCUCACCGGGUGGCCGAUUCUGUAACUCUCCUUCUUUGUCCUCUUCGACCUCCGCGUUUGCUUCAUCUUCAACCUUUUACUCGUCUUCUUCCACUUUCCGUCACGAUGACCAUCGUGAUUUUCCCAACCAUAAUCAUCAUACGAGAUCCACAUCUCCCAGCCGUGUUAAUGUUUAUUCGUCUCCUUCUCUUACGUCUUCUGUCCGUUUUUUUAUUGAUAAUCGUUCGAGUUCUCCGAAUCGAUCGGUUAUCGUUUCCAGGAAAAAUAGGCCGGUGUCUAACGUCAAGAGGACUUGUAUGUGCUCUCCGACCACGCAUCCAGGCUCGUUCCGGUGUAGUCUUCAUAAAAACGUUUCGAGUGGCGGUGGGCAUAGCCAAGUGGUGUCGUUUCCUUCAACCAGAUUGAAUAUGUGGAGAUCGGCUAUGGCGAAUUCGAUCGUAAGAAUUGGCGGUGUGGAAGGAGAGUUGGUGAAACGAGCAUUGACUACACUGAUUCGUCCUUCUUCGCAUCAGCAGAGGAGGAGAGCUUCAUUUCAACCUAGAUCUAGUCGUCUCUCUGUCAUGUCGAAAGCCGCCGACGGCGCUUGAAAUUGCAGAAGGUACGGUGAUGUCUAAAACUUUAUGAUCUCAGGUUCGACGAAGAGGAUCGGUUUGUUAACGUUUCUGAUUAAGAAUUCAUAGCGAAAAAGAAACACCACACGCAGAGCAUAAUCUUCAAGAAGGAAUCAGUGGUGAAAUCUAGUAGAAUCAAAAUUCAGAUUGUGUUUGUUUGUUUACUGAGUUUAUGACUCGUGAUGAGUUCAGCUUUUGAUUUCGAAGCGGGACUGCGUCGGCUCCCCGAGUUUUGUACGCUGAGGGGAUAGUUCGUCAGUCGAAAUCCUUCGUGGUUUUUGGCAGAGGAUUUGAAGAAGAUAAAACCGACGAAUUUUUCACCAAUUGUACAUAUAAACAUCAUUUGCUGUGGAAGGAGAAUUUCGGACAUUUUUAUUUUGAA